GUUGCGGUGGUGAAGAUGAAGAACACAGAACGCGUUUACGCCAUGAAGAUCCUGAACAAGUGGGAGAUGCUGAAGAGAGCCGAGACUGCGUGUUUCCGCGAGGAGAGAAACGUUCUAGUGAACGGAGACUGCCAGUGGAUCACCACCCUCCACUACGCCUUCCAGGAUGACAACUUCCUGUACCUGGUGAUGGACUACUAUGUGGGCGGUGACCUCUUGACCCUGCUCAGUAAGUUUGAGGACCGUCUCCCAGAGGACAUGUCCAAGUUCUAUGUGGCAGAGAUGGUGCUGGCCAUCCACUCUAUACACCAACAACACUACGUCCACAGAGAUAUCAAGCCAGACAACGUGCUGCUAGACAUGAACGGCCACAUCCGGCUGGCCGACUUUGGCUCCUGCCUGAAGAUGAUGCAGGAUGGCACGGUCCAGUCGUCUGUGGCUGUUGGCACUCCGGACUACAUUUCCCCUGAGAUCCUGCAGGCCAUGGAGGACGGCAUGGGGAAGUAUGGCCCAGAGUGUGACUGGUGGUCCCUGGGGGUCUGUAUGUAUGAAAUGCUCUACGGGGAGACGCCCUUCUAUGCAGAGUCACUGGUGGAGACCUACGGCAAGAUCAUGAAUCACGAGGAGCGUUUCCAGUUCCCCUCAAACAUCAGCGACGUGUCGGAGGAUGCCAAGGACCUGAUCUCGCAUCUCAUCUGCGGCCGCGAGCGCCGCCUGGGCCAGAACGGUAUCGGCGACUUCAAGGACCACCCCUUCUUCGCCGGCAUCGACUGGGAUCACAUCCGCUCCACUGAGGCGCCCUACAUCCCUGACGUCAGCUCGCCAUCUGACACCUCCAACUUCGACGUAGACGACGAUAUUCUUAAAAACCCGGACAUUGGCCCUCCAGUUACGCUUACAGGCUUCACUGGCCAGCACUUGCCCUUCGUGGGCUUCACUUACACCACGGACAGCUGCUUCUCGGACUGCGGCAGCGUCAACAGGGCCGGACUGUCCGACGGGGGCUUCCAGGAGGGCGGUCCCAGGGACCAGGAAAGGGAGCUGGGGGUUGAGGUUUUUGAGAGGAGGAUCCGCCGGCUGGAGCAGGAGAAGCAGGAGCUGAGUCGCAAGCUGCAGGAGUCUACUCAGGCUGUGCAGUCUCUCCACGGGCCGGGCCGCGGUGCCUGCACUCAGGGCCGAGACAAGGAGAUGAAGAAGCUCAAUGAAGAGAUUGAGAGGCUCAAGAAGAAACUUGCAGACUCUGAUAAGCUGGAGCACCAGCUGGAGGAGGUGGUGACGCUGCGCCAGGACUUCGAGAGCUCCUCCUCCAAGCUGAAGACCCUGGACAAGCAGGUCAAAGCCCUUAGACUAGAGAAGGAGGAAAUCCACAAGCAACUGGUGGAGUCCCUGGAGCGCCUCAAGUCCCAGACCAAGGAGCUGAAGGAGGCCCAUAGCCAGCGGAAACUGGCCCUUCAGGAGUUCUCUGAGCUGAGUGAACGCAUGGCCGAGCUGCGUUCCACCAAGCAGCGCCUCUCGCGCCAGCUCCGCGACAAGGAGGAGGAGAUGGAUGCUGCUGUGCAGAAGGUGGACGCAAUGCGCCAGGACAUCCGCAAGACUGAGAAGGCUCGCAAGGAGCUGGAGGCCCAGUUGGAGGAUGCCAAGGCGGAGGCAUCUAAGCAGCGUAAGCUGCGUGAGCACAGCGAGGUCUACUCCAAACAGCUGGAGAUGGAACUGGAGAUCCUCAAGGUGAAGCAGCUGGGCAGCGCGCGCGGCAGCGGAAGCAGCAGCCCAGGGCUGCUUCAGGAGCUGUCCAAGGUAAAGUCGGAGCUGGACAAGAAGGUGCUGUCCUACGAGGAGGAGCUGGUGCGCCGCGAGGCCUCCCACACCAGCGAGCUCAAGGGCCUCCGGAAAGAGCUCCACGACUCAGAGGGCCAGCAGCUCUCCCUGAACAAGGAGCUGCUUGUACUCAAGGACAAGCUGGAGAAAGCCAAGAAAGAGAGGCAAACCGAGAUGGACGAGGCAGUAGGCGCUCUGAAGGACAAGUAUGAGCGUGAGCGCAGCAUGCUGACAGAGGACAACGGCAAGCUGACCGCGGAGACCGACAGGCUGUGUACGUUCGUGGACAAGCUGACCUCUCAGAACCGUCAGCUGGAGGACGAGCUGCAGGACCUGGCCUCUAAGAAGGAGAGCGUGGCUCACUGGGAGGCCCAGAUUGCCGAGAUCAUUCAGUGGGUGAGCGAUGAGAAGGACGCCCGCGGCUACCUGCAGGCCUUGGCCUCCAAGAUGACCGAGGAGCUCGAGUCACUCCGCUGCUCCAGCCUGGGCUCCAAGCCCCUGGACCCCCUGUGGAAGGUGCGCCGCAGCCAGAAGCUGGACAUGUCGGCCCGUCUGGAGCUGCAGUCGGCCCUGGACGCUGAGAUUCGGGCCAAGCAGCUCGUCCAGGAGGAGCUCCACAAGUUCAAGGCCGCCAACAUCUCCUUUGAAAGCAAACUAAAGGAUUCCGAGUCCAGGAGCAGGGAGAUGGCGGAGCAGCUGGAGAGCAUGAAGAAGGACUUGGAGAGCCGCUCCGUCAAAGGGAUGAAACUGCCUGAUUUCCAGGACUCCAUUUUCGAGUACUUCAACACCUCUCCCCUGGCCCAUGACCUGACGUUCAGAGACUCGGUCUCUUCCUCGUCUGCAUAUGAAAGCAGCUCUGUCAGCGAAAUUGACUCCACGCCUCAGAAGUCCGACGUCCUCUCCUCGUCAAUCUCUGUAGCAUCUGAACAGGAUGAGCCAGUCCCCAAGCCCCCUGCUGCUGCCCCUGCUGUCCCGUCCCCUGUCUAUCUGACAUCACUGCUGACCGCACCAAAGCCCAAAGCUCACCAUCUGAGCAUCAAGACCUUCUCCAGCCCCACCCAGUGCACCCACUGCAGCUCUUUGAUGGUGGGCCUCUUCCGCCAGGGCUACGCCUGCGAAGUGUGCUCCUUCAUUUGCCACGUGUCCUGUAAGGACAACGCCCCCCUGGUGUGCCCCAUCCCCCCCGAGCAGGCCAAGAGGCCGCUGGGCAUCGACGUACAGAGGGGCAUCGGCACCGCCUACAAGGGCUUCGUCAGGAUCCCCAAGCCCACGGGGGUAAAGAAGGGCUGGCAACGGGCAUACGCUGUGGUGUGUGACUGUAGACUCUUCCUGUACGAGGUGCCUGAGGGCAAGUCCACCCAGCCAGGCGUGGUGACCAGUCAGGUCCUGGACCUCAGGGAUGAGGAAUUUUCCGUCAGCUCCGUCAUGGCCUCGGACGUCAUCCACGCCACCCGAAAAGAUAUCCCCUGCAUAUUCAGGGUGACAUCAUCCCUGCUGAACUCGCCAGUGUGCGCCGCCUCCCUACUGGUGCUGGCGGAGAGCGAGGCGGAGAAGAGGAAGUGGGUUGGCAUCCUGGAGGGCCUUCAGAGCAUCCUGGCCAAGAACCGCCUCAGGAACUGCGUGGUGCACGUCAUGCACGAGGCCUACGACUCGUCACUGCCCGCCAUCAAGACCAUGCUCUCCGCCGCCAUCGUCGAUCGAGAGCGUAUCGCCCUGGGCACAGAGGAAGGCCUGUUUGUAGUGGAGGUCACCAGAGAUGUGAUCGUCCGUGCGGCUGACUGCAAGAAGGUGCACCAGAUCGAGCUGAUCCCAAAACAGAAGAUGGUGGCCCUGCUGUGCGGACGCAACCGCCACGUGCACCUGCACCCCUGGGGGGCGCUGGAGGGGGCUGAGUCGGCCUUUGACAUCAAGUUGACGGAGACCAAGGGCUGUCAGGCGCUGACCACCGGCGUGCUGUAUCCCGGGGGACCCGCCUGCCUGCUGGCCGCCAUCAAGCGCCAGGUGCUGUGCUAUGAGAUCACCUGGGCCAAGCCGCACCACCGCAAGCUGUGGGAGGUGCAGGCCCCGGGGGUGGCCCAGUGGCUGGGCAUGGUGCGUGAGCGCCUGUGCGUGGGCUACCCCUCGGGCUUCGCCCUGCUGGCCCUCCAGGGUGAGUCAUCGCCCGUAAGCCUGGUGAGCCCCGGGGACCCGUCGCUUGCCUUCCUGGCCCAGCAGCCCCUGGACGCUCUGCACGCCCUGGAGGUGGGCACGGCUGAGCUGCUGCUCUGCUUCAGUCAGCUAGGCAUCUAUGUGGACCCCACAGGAAGGAGGAGCAGGGCCCAGGAACUGAUGUGGCCCGCCACACCGCUAGCCUGCAGCUCCAACUCGUCUUACCUGACGGUGUACAGCGAGUACGGAGUGGAUGUGUUUGACAUCCACACCACCGAGUGGGUCCAGACCAUUUCACUGAGGAAGAUAAGGCCUCUAAAUGUGGAGGGCAGUCUGAACCUGCUGGGCUCCGAACAACCACGCCUCAUCUACUUCAGCAACAACUCCACAGAAGGUGACCUGGCCAUCCCGGAGACGUCUGACAACAGUAAGAAGCUGAUGAUGAGGACGCGCAGCAAGAGGAAGUUCCUCUUCAAGGUCCCUGAGGAGGAGAGACUUCAGCAGAGGAGAGAGAUGCUGAGGGACCCUGAGCUGAGAUCCAAGAUGAUCUCUAACCCAAUCAACUUCAACCACGUGGCACACAUGGGCCCCGGCGACGGCAUGCAGGUCCUCAUGGAUCUGCCUCUGAGUGUGAUGCAUUCUUCUCAGGACGACCUGGCCAAGGAUAAGCCCCGCCCGCUAUCCAGUAUCUCCCGGCAACAGAGGAGCAAGACCCACAUCACCCGCACGGCCUCUGGAGGUGCAGACAUUGGAGGAGCAGGAUCGUCGCGGAACAUCUCCAACCCAGACGGGGACUUCGAGAGAGAGCCGGACUGGGACUCCACCAAGCACUCCACUCCCUCCAACAGCCCCAACUCUCUCCACCGCAGCCAUCUUUACCAUAAACACUCUCUCUCUCUUCCCUCAGCCGGACUGGGACUCCACCAAGCACUCCACUCCCUCCAACAGCCCCAACUCUCUCCACCGCAGCCAGCUAACGCUGGAUGGCCUGGAACACGCCCUGGACGGCUGAGGACCCCACCACCCUACACGCACCUACAUUCAACAUAAAACUUGUGCAUCACUGCAGAAGUGCCAAGAACAGACUGUGUCCCAGCCCCCACCCUGAUUUUAAAUGAACGUUUUGGUCCCCCAUUCCUACUUGUCUUCUUUCCUCUCUUCCUUUUCACUUUGUUAAGGGAGGGUGCCACCAUGUACACUCCACAGCACUACUAGCAAUCCUGUGCUGACAUCUCUCCCCAACACACACACACACCUCUCCAGUUCCCUGUUGGGGGAGACACCCAUUUUCCUAUGAGUUUUUCUGGGUUAUUCAUACUUAGUUUAGGUUAUUGAUACAUAGAUGCAUACGAUGACCGAAUUAAAAACCAAGAUCAAUGACGAUAGGACACUCGCAGGGGAAAAAAGCAUUCAUGAUGAACUAUCAUAGGUAUAUGUUUGUGUUUCUAAACAAAGAUUAGAGAAAAAAGGAGUGAAGGAUGACUUUUUGUUUUAAACUAUAUAGUAUGGGGUACACAACUGAACAGUGAAAGAAAGGGCAACCUUCUUGAAAGGGACCAUAAACCCCCCCACAUUCCAGACCCUGUCGUACUGGUGUUGUAACCCUUAUUGAGCUGUUCCCGGACUAGUGGCCAUUAAUUUGAGAGCAGUCCCUACCCAGGGGACCAGCUGCCACUCAACAGACUGCAGGGGUGUUACUGUUAAGCUAAACUAGUGGACAGCAAUUACACAUCUCCCGCCAGUCUUUAUAACGUGGAUUGUUUUUAACUUAGAUCUUUUGCUAUAAAAGUGUAGUUGGCAAAAACCAAUGCGCCAUAGCCACAUAAUCAUGAGACUAAGACAUGGUGGGAGUCUGAACAGUGAAAAGGACCACAACUCACAAGCUGCUGCUGUCGUUUGCUAUGUUUAUAUAAGUAUGUGUGUGAAGAGCCGCUCACCAUAGAGAGAGAACCUCCUGGACGAGGCCCUUCAUUUUUAACCGUUCAAUCAUGAGCCUAGUUAAAUAAAAUAAAGCGGAGGUAUAGUCAUAGCGCCAAACCGCCACGAGGGGGCAUGUGAAUAGUGGUCCUCAAUUGAGGGACGUUUCAUUGUACAGCAAGAGUGUGAGAUACUGUACAGGCAUAUCCAGUUUAAUCACUAGUGUGCCUUCAGUGCCAUUUUCUUUUUUAGUCUUACAGCACCACAUUCAGAUCAAUUACUGAAGUGACUUUAACUCUGCAGGCCAUCGGUGAGGGGGGGUUCAGAAACACUGUAUUAAACUUGCACAUGUUUUAAUCCCAGGAAAAUCCUCUUUGAUUUUGUCAGUGAUCUUUUAUUUGGCUUUUUUUCCUGGUCUUUUCAGCUCUGAAAAUGUGACUUUUUUUUUCUCUUUGAAACACUACCACUUUCUUUCCUCUUAAAUCACCAGUUGAAAUCUUUGUAAUUAUUGAAUUGUUAGCAACAAACAUGUGAACAGAAAAUAAAAUAAUAUCUGUUGUGCUUU